AGGAGCAUGUCACCAGCAGCUUAUCAGGAAUCAAUUUAUAAACUUAUACCUGCGACUGUCUCGCACAUUAUUUACGGCACACGGACUAAUACAUCAGGUUGACUUCCUGUGCCUAUAACGUAGUUCCACAUUACCCUUGUUAAAGAUGUGAGGUUUCGGCUCUACGUAUACUUGAUAAUGAAUGUACGUGUUAUUUUCCUGUGUGAGCUGGUGGCCUGGUGUGCAUACUUACAUAAUGCAGACUCACUUCAUUCCGGCGAAUGCUAUGGUUCUGGCAAUAGGUUCCAUCUGUCCUGCGGAACCGACAGCAGAAUCGCCCUGGAUAACAUAUACGUUAUUGCAUUGUCUACAGACUGUUCUCCCGGUGUUCAAGUUAAAGACACACCGACUUGCUGUGAAGCAGAUAUGGAUGUUCAUGACUGCAAGAUGAACUUAAUCGGUGAAAAUGUUAACAAUUACCACGAGCUUUGUUCUGGGAGACCUAUGUGCGACAAGGAGGUUGCACUCCAGGAUAUAAUAUGUGGUUUGAGAACUUGGAAACGGGCUUCUUCAAACUACAUUACAUUUGAGUAUCACUGUGUGGAAGCCAGUGGCAUUGUAGACAUUCCGUCAAACCACAGCGCCAACGAGACGGUAGUUUCAAUCUGGAAUAAGGGCUAUCCGACAUCAGGACUAAAUGCCAGUGCUGCGAUGUGCAGCGUCACUGCGUCACACAAUUCAUCAAUAGCUGUGUCAUUGCUACAUCUGAAUAUUACCUGUCAGCAGUACAUUGACAUACUGGAUGGUAGUUUUCGUGAAAGAAUUGAUUGUAGAAACAACACCAACUACAGUUCUGGUACUCUUUACACAAGUAGGAAUCAUGUAAUCAGUCUUAACUGGACAUCUGAGCUCACUGCCUCUGGGCGGUUAUGGAUUCAGUUUGCAGCGACAAACAGCCUAGCAAACUUAGAGUUACGAUGUGUAUCCUCUUCAACAACUGCUCGAGCAUCUGGUUCCAUUCAGCCGAAUGCGCCAUCUCAUUUAGACACAACUACAUUACUGAUUUCGUCACCACGCGGUGGUAUGAGUCUGGCCGAGGCAGCAGGUAUUGGUGUAGGCGUCGUAGUGUCCUUCCUACUACUUCUCAUACUCGUGUGUUUUCUGCAUAAAAAGAAACACCAGCGUGUGAAAGUUGGCAACCAAGGCGGCGAUGUUCUGGAUUCUGAGUUUGCUGAUGCUCUUGGUAUAACAAGAGCAAACAUGGGCAGCACUGCCCCGGUUUCCGUCAUUCCGCCCAAGGCACGGCGUCUAGCACCCAUAGAGGUUCCAGGAACCGGCAUUCAUCUUUGAUAAGCAGUUCUUUUUCUACUGGUAGCCUCUGUGUCAUCUCAUAUACAUGCUGUCGACACGCGUCAACUCAACCAAGGCAUAUAGAUGAGUUUCAUGUGUUAACGUGAUUCUAUCACAACGCAUUAAUAUGCUAUGCCACAAGCUAUUUGUUUUGGGUAAUCGGACAGUGACAAUGUGUUAGUGACAAUGGGUUGUACAGCUCCAAAUGAAACGAGUUUGGAAGGCAUUUCCUUAGGGAGCGGUGUGGAAAGUUUAUAGAGAUGUGUCGUCGUAUAUAGAUCGAUACAUUUCAAUGAAAUAUUCUGCCCCGGAAAAGUCUUGAAACUCAAGAAUGCAAUCACAACUAUAGAAAUACAACUAUUUCAAAUUCGUCCCAAUCCCGAGACAUCGUUUCGGUAGGUGAGCGUGCCUUUACUCAGCAUUAUUCCUCCAAAAUCCGUCGAGGAACACCACAAAUGGCCUUUGUACUCGUGUAGGAAAUUGAACUUUAGCCUUCCGCGUGGUGAGCGGAGUCGUUCACCACUAAGCUACCACACCGCCCCAGAUCUAGGCCGGAAUGGAAACUGGUAUGCUACCGUUAUUAUUGGAUUCGUUCCUUAUAUCUUGAGUAACGCCCUUUUAUUGUUAACUAUUCUAUUAAUUAGCUAUUCUAAGAUUAGUAGCUUGUCUACAAUCCCGAUAGGCAACGCCUACUUCAGAGUUAGACAAGGGCAAUGCCAUGUUUGUAAACACUGUAAGUACCUCACUUAACGUUUUAAUUUGCAAAUGCAUCUCUAAGUAACCACUACGGAUAGCUAUUUUAUCCCAUUGAGAAACCUUCUCCUAACAUCUGAUGUUUUUCAUCAACAGUAAUUAAUUUUCUCAACGCCUUUAACUGUUUCUUAUCAUCAUAUUAUGUAUAUGCUCAAUGCUUGCAACCAUUUAGAGAUGACCACAGUAUGCUUGUACCAAAUGUUAUCAAUGUCAUUUACUAUUCGGAACAGCUGGUAACUCAUAUACUCGCUAGUCGUGUGUGCAUAAAGGUCAUACAUUGUUCUCCGAACGUUUUUCCGAAUUUAGAAUCUCUGUAGUUAUAUUCUGUAAAAACAACAACAAAAACAACAAGACUAUAUUACAAAGAACAAAGACAUACGCUGUUCAUAUAUUCUGUGUGCAUAUUGUCAAUCUUGGUCUUGGUGAAUCUUGGUAUUGAAUACGAGUUUGCUAUCCUGUUAAUCUGCUAUCAACCCAUAGACCCAUACAUUUAGAAAAUAUGGACGUGAAUCACCAGAUAUAUCCAGUUACCUUAAAUAAUUUGAUGUGAAACCCGUAGUAGAAAUCUGUACUUGUCAAGAAUUUACUCGUUGUGACUUUAGCAAGUAUCGUGUAAUACACUUGAAUGCAACUAUAUUUCAUUAUCACUUGCACUCCGGAAAACAAGGCCGAAUUUCUGAAUGAACACUGUCUUUCACAAUGCACAUCUACUGUUUACAGUUUUCAGGGAGUGUUUCAAUUUAUAUAAUAUAUUAUAUUUACAUAUAUUGUACUAUCAGUUUGCUUUUGUAUAACGUGCACAAUACAUUACAUGUACAUUUGAGUGAAAUAAAUUGCAUCCAGUAUGAAA